AGUGGUAUUAGGGUUUAAAUGUUGAAUUCAAUGAGGGCGCACGCAUCGGAGGGCGUGGGCUAAGAGCGCCGGUAAAUUUCGCGGAGAAAUUUUCCGGCUAUUCUCAUCCCCUUUAAGAACCAGAAAUCCUAGCUCCAUUGUUUCUCACUCCUGAAAAACCGGCUCUGGAACCGGUAUUUUGCCGGAACUAUUGCCGGAAAUGACCUGAGAACUGAUUAUGGCCGGAAAUUUGAGUGAUACCGAAUUUCCGGCGAUUUCGUAUGCCAGAGCCGCCAUGGACGGGGAACAUCAGUUCCUCAAGAGACCAAAGUACCCAGACCAAGUAAAAAGCGCUGUCUUCUCUCUCUAUCUCUACAUGUCCAGUCACCCUGGUCGGUGGCUUAUUUUCGCCAUUUUUUCUCUGCAACUUGUGUUCCUCCUCUUGAUUCGAAGCUCACAUUUGAUUAAAUUCCCAUCUCACCCUUCUCCGGCAGCCGGAAUCGUUGCCGGAAAAACUCAAUUAUCUGCCCGCGGGACUCUGAAUGAAGAAAACCCAACUCCAGUCACCGGAAUUAUUGCCGGAACAUCAGAAAAUCAGGAGCCCCCAAUACCUCAAAUCCCACCUUUUCCCGUCCGUGAAAGACCGUCUAUUCUCUCGCUUGAAAGCUCUUAUCUUCCCUCCUUUGGAAAAAAUCCUUCUCUUCUCUCGCCUGAGAAAAACCCAUCUGUUCUGUCUCAUGAAAAAGCAUCUUUAUCGGCUCCUGAACUUCAAAACCCAUCCUUUCUAUCCCCUGAAAAUCCAUCUCUGCAAAUCCAUGAAUACCCAACCAUUCCAUCACCGGGAAACCCAGCUUUUCCAAUCAAAUUUCCAGCCAAAGUCUGCGAUUCCAGUACCGUAUAUGUGUACGAUUUGCCCCCAAUAUUUAACCAUGAUCUUGUCAAGAAUUGUGAGACUCUGAGCCCUUGGGGCUCUCGAUGUAAGAUGUUAGAGAAUGGUGGGUUCGGCCGCCAUGCCAGUGGGUUAGCCCACUUGGUCCCAUUUGAGCUCGAGGGUUCAUGGUUUGAAACCGACCAAUUCGCAUCAGAGCUCAUAUUCCAUGCUCGAAUGCUCGGCCAUCCGUGUCGAACCCUUGAACCAGAGUCAGCCUCUGCUUUCUUCGUCCCCUUCUAUGGAGGUUUAGCAGUUGGAAAAUACCUAUGGUCCAAUUACUCAGCCGAUGAGAGAGACCACCAUAGCAAUUUGCUUUUAAACUGGUUAGAAAACCAGAUAUUUUGGAAAAGGAAAUUGGGUUCUGAUCAUUUCAUGAUGCUUGGUCGAAUUACUUGGGAUUUCAGGCGAUCCAAGGAUGAAGACUGGGGUGGAAGCUUCCUUCAUAUGCCUGCCAUGAAAAAUGUUACUCGUUUAUUAAUUGAGAGAAACCCUUGGGACCAAAAAGACGUUGGAGUUCCUUAUCCCACUGGUUUUCACCCCAAAAACUCCUUUGAGAUCCGGCUAUGGCAGUCACAUGUGAGAAAAGCUAAGAGGUCCGAUCUCUUCUCUUUCGCCGGAGCUAAGAGAUCAGCCAUUCGUGGUGAUUUUCGAGGGGUUUUGCUCGACCAGUGCGCCGAAUCAAAGAGUUGCAGCGCCAUUGAUUGCUCGGGUGGGCGGUGCUCUAAUGUCUCCUCUCCCGCCCUUGGGCUUUUCCUUGGCUCCCAAUUUUGCCUUCAACCAAGAGGAGAUAGUUUUACUCGGAGAUCCAUUUUCGAUUGCAUGAUUGCAGGUUCAAUUCCUGUGUUUUUUUGGAGGAGAACAGCUUAUUGGCAGUAUGAAUGGCACUUACCUGAGGAGCCAACAAGUUAUUCAGUGUUUAUAAGUAGAGAUGCUGUGAAGAAUGGGACCAAGAUAGCGAAAGUGCUGAGGGAUUUGCCUAGAGAGAGAGUGGAGGCCAUGAGAGAGACUGUGAUUCAAACUAUUCCUAAGCUUCUCUAUGUGUACCCUGAGAAGGGGAUUGGAGAUCUGGAUGAUGCCUUUGAUGUGGCUCUGAAUGGGGUUUUUCAAAGGUUCAGAAGUUUGUAGAGAGAGAGAGAGAGAGAGAGAGAGAGAGAGAUUAGGGUUUGUAGAGAGAGAAAGGGGUUUGGAGACAUUGUUGAGGGGGAAGGAGGGGCUGGGUUCUUUUUGUUUUUAUGGGGUUUUACAGAGGAAUUACAGGGAUGGGUCCUUUUUCAGAAAGUUGAGGCAGUGUUUUCUCUCAUCAUCUUGGGGCACUAUUUUCUCUCUCAUCUCCUUGAAUGGAGAGAGAGAGAGAGAGAAAAAGAGAGAG